CACUCUACCGCCGCCGUGGAUUCCCUCGCCUCCCAGAGAAGAGCAGCCAUGGAUGAGAUGGAGGAAGAGUUGAAAUGCCCCGUGUGCGGCUCUUUUUUCCGGGAGCCCAUCAUCCUGCCGUGCACGCACAACAUCUGCCUGGCGUGCGCCCGGAAUAUCCUCGUGCAGACCCCGGACGCGGAGUCCCCGCAGAGCAGCCGAGCCUCCGGAUCCGGCGUCUCUGACUAUGAUUACCUGGAUAUGGAUAAAAUGAGUUUGUACAGCGAGGCGGACAGUGGAUACGGUUCCUACGGGGGCUUCGUCAGCGCUCCGACCACCCCGUGCCAGAAAUCACCGAACGGGGUUCGGGUUUUCCCCCCGUCGGUGCCCCAGCCUCCUCCGCAACAGCACCUGCUGCUGCAGCCCGGCUCUCUGCCGCCGAUCCCGCGCAACUCCUGCAUCACCUGCCCGCAGUGUCACCGCAGCCUCAACCUGGACGAGCGGGGGCUCCGCGGAUUCGCCAAGAACCGGGUGCUGGAGGGGGUCGUGGACCGGUACCAGCAGAGCAAAGCGGCCGCUCUUAAGUGCCAGCUGUGCGAGAAGAGUCCCAAGGAGGCCACCGUGAUGUGCGAGCAGUGCGACGUCUUCUACUGCGACCCGUGCCGCCUCCGGUGCCAUCCUCCCCGCGGUCCCCUCGCCAAGCAUCGCCUGGUGCCGCCGGCGCAGGGGCGGAUAAGUCGCCGCGCGAGUCCCCGCAAAACCUCCACGUGCACGGAGCACGAGCUGGAGAACCUAAGCAUGUACUGUGUGCAGUGUAAGAUGCCCGUGUGUUAUCAGUGUCUGGAGGAGGGCAAACACGGCACGCACGAAGUCAAAGCUCUGGGCGCGAUGUGGAAACUGCACAAGGGCCAGCUGUCUCAAGCUCUCACUGGCCUGUCGGACCGAGCCACCGAGGCCAAAGAGUUCCUGGUUCAGCUGAGAAACAUGGUGCAGCACAUCCAGGAGAACGGGGUGGAGUUCGAGGCCUGUUUGGUGGCGCAGUGCGACGCCCUCAUCGACGCCCUGAACCGACGCAAGGCCCAGCUGCUGUCCCGGGUCAACAAAGAGCACGAGCACAAGCUGAAGGUGGUCCGGGAUCAGAUCUCCCACUGUACGGUGAAGCUGCGUCAGACCACGGGGCUGAUGGAGUACUGCCUGGAGGUCAUCAAGGAGAACGACCCCAGUGGCUUCCUGCAGAUCUCUGACGCUUUGAUCCGGAGGGUCCACAUAACAGAGGGCCAGUGGGGGAAGGGAACCCUCACCCCCAGGAUGAGCAGCGACUUUGACCUGACCCUGGACAGCGGCCCGCUCCUGCAGACCAUCCACCAGCUGGACUUUGUCCAGAUGAAAGUCCCAGCUGCUCCCAUGCUCCAGCUGGAGGAAUGCUGCACCCAGAACAACAGCGCCACGUUGUCAUGGAAACAGCCGCCGCUCUCCACCAUCGACGUGGACGGAUACAUCCUGGAGCUGGACGAUGGAAACAUGGGGCUUUUCAGGGAAGUGUACGUGGGGACGGAGACCAUCUGCACGGUGGACGGGCUCCACUUCAACAGCAUGUACAAGUCCAGGGUGAAGGCCUUCAACGCCAGCGGGGUGGGCCAGUACAGCAAGACCCUGAUGAUGCAGACCUCCGAGACUGGACUCCCUCCGUGUGAUAUUCAGUCUCUAGGCGCAGUCGCUUGGUUCACCUUUGACCCCGCCUCCGCCCACCCCGACAUCAUCCUCUCCAACGACAACCUGACGGUGUCCUGCAACAGCUACGACGACAGGGUGGUCAUGGGUAACUCGGCCUUCUCCCGCGGCGUCCAUUACUGGGAAAUGACCGUGGAUCGCUAUGACAACCACCCGGACCCGGCCUUCGGGAUCGCUCGGGCCGACGUGCUGAAGGACGUGAUGCUGGGGAAGGACGACAAGGCCUGGGCCAUGUACGUGGACAACAACCGCUCCUGGUUCAUGCACAACAACUCGCACACCAACAGGACGGACGGCGGCAUCGGGAAAGGAGCCACGAUAGGAAUUCUCCUGGACUUCACACGCAGGAUCCUCAUCUUCCUCAUCAACGACGAGCAGCAGGGUCCGGUGGCUUUCGAAGCCCUGGAGGGCGUCUACUACCCGGCGAUCAGCCUCAACCGGAAUGUCCAGAUCACACUGCACACUGGUCUACCCAUCCCUGAUUUCUACACCCCCGGGGAGGUGGAUCCCUCUGACUGCUAAGGACUCACACGGCGGAUUACCCAGGGUUCAUUCAUCCUGCCGGUCAAUAACGAUGACCCGACCGUCACCCUCCUCUCCCCAUCUCCGUCGACCCCCUGACCGACUGACCCCAUGACCCUCUGUCAGAGGCCCCAUCCAGUGCUGAGCCCAUGCCUUUAUCACGCCGACACGUCAUCCACCCGCAGGACACAAGCAGGCAUUUGCUUUACUACCUUGUAUUUUGACCCGUUAUAGUUUGAAGAAGGUAAAAAUUCCAUUGAAAAAUAAUCUCACACUCGUUGACCUGAAACUUUGUCAGGGCUCUCAAGUUUUGAAGACAGGCAAGAGUGACAUUUCCAUCAGCCCCCCCCCCCCGCAGAACAAAAUUUUCGGAUAUCAGUCAGUCGCGCGCAAUUCCAGGAUGCUUUAUUUUCAUUGGUUGCUGGAUUAAAUCUUACCCAGAUACAACAGAUACGUUCUUUUCUGAUUGGCUAUUGUGUAGCCCAUUUCUUUUUUUUGAUUGGCUGAUAAGUGUCUCCUCACAGCAGAACUCCAGGGGAGCGCUUGAUUCCUCCACAGUGAGGGCAGCGCGGCUCAUGCUGGCGCGCUGCGGCACAUUAAAACAUUAAAUAGCCGGGAGUUUUUUUCAGCGUGAGAAAUACGAUGCGUGGCGGGAGUGCGUGACUUAAGACCGAAAUGCGUGCGUCUCACGCUCAAUGCGUGACACUUGAGAGCCCUGCUUUGUGCGGCGAUAAAAUCCGCUAGAAGCUAAAGUUUGACAUUUCGGAGAAAAUGAACACGGCUCUUGUGUUUGUUAAAGGUGAAGCUACCGUUAGCUUAGCACACAGACUGGAAGCAGGGGGCAACAGUUAGCGUGGCUUGGUCUCAAACUCACAUUAUAUCUCAUUCGUUGAACCCGUCCGCAAAAGUGAAGUGUAAAAACUAGCAUGUUGUGGUUUUGGGGCAGAAACAAUCGUCACAUAACAGCCCAUAAGAACCACAAUGUCUUGUUUUUGUGACAUUUACAUGACAAACAAACAAGAUAUAAUGUGUUAACGCCAGUUUGUGAGCUUUAGAGAUGCUGGAAGGUGUUUUUUAUUUCGAAUGGAGAAACCUUUGGUGUCGCCAGCAUUUAGCGAAGCUAAGCUAACUGCCUGUUAGCUGUAGCUAAAUAUCCAGCAUACAGCCAUAAACCAGAAAAUAAACUUAUUUCUAAACAUAUUCAACGAUUCAUUUAAAGGAGGGAGGAUUGAUGACUUUAGUUAGAGAGAGUAAUCCCCGUCACACCAUCAACAUACAUCUUCUUCAUUCUUUUUCUCCACAAUAUCCCGUAAAUUGCUUUUCCCCGCCAUCAACCGUGAACACGUGAAACACCAGAGGAAGCCGUGAGAGGUCGUCUCCCGUCUGUGAGGUGGAGGUUGUGGAGGUGGAGGUGGAAGUGGAGGUGGUCCAGACUGGUCAGCAGCCGCAAUGAUCCCUGGAUUGGAGCAAUAGUCGGACUCCCCGUAGUCGUGUACAUGAGACGCUUUUCUUGGUGGCUCAGCUCGUGUGCUCCUUCUGUGUCGUCUGUAAGAAAAGAAACACGGCGCCUUUCCCUGAAGCUCUGAAGACUGGAGGGAUGGAUUUAUUUUGGGUGUAAUGUAUCAUAAACAUGGGCGAUCCCGUGCGUCGGAGGUGUGUGCGAAGCUCUACGAAUAAGGUGCUAACACUCCGCUUCAUUCUGGCUUUUUUUUUUUCUAUAUAUUUUUUUUACUGUGGGUGACCGAAUCCUGGUAGUUUUGUAAUAUUGUUAUUGAAAUGAUCUAUUGCGAAAAGAGGUGUAUAGCUAAAUAAGUUAUUGAUGUUCAGAGUUUUUUUUUUUUUUCAAUGACAAUUCAGCAUUGUUCCUUUUAUUUGAUGUAUAGUUAUGACGGAAGGAAAGAAAUCGUUUGUGUCGCUCUUAAAGUGUAGUUUGUUGUCCGACCGGUUUAUUCCCCAAACGGGAACGGUGACGACGUAAUGGGAUGUUGCGCAACAACUCGGCCACGCGAGCAGCUCUGUGAUGCUGUACUUUUGGCUCGGCAGCGAAACGCUGACAUGAUGACGUUUUGACGUAUGAUGUUUUUACGAUGUUCAUCGUUUUAGUUUAAAGAUGCUCGUUUCGGGGUAAUCUGCGUUGCACAAAAAGUACAGCUGAGGUUGUUUUCGAUCGUCUUUAGUUUUGCAGGUAUUUUAUCAUAAAUCAAAGUAUUGAAAGCGAAUGAAAUUCAUCCUUGAAUUUAUUACGUACCACGUUUCAUGGCAAUCCAACAGCUGUUGAGACAUUUCACUCAAAACCACACACGUGACACUGGAGGAACAGUCUGCGGAUGCCCAAAGCCACGAGGGAUCAUCCUCUGUGGACCGUGAACGGCAGAUCCAGCGGUUGUUGGGAUAUCUCUCAGGAUGCGUGACGACUUUGACGUGCCGGGAGAAAAGGAUUCAUCCCAAGAUUAAUCAUGUCAAUUCAUUAAAUAGUGGAGAGGAAAAUCAGAGAUUCAUCUUCUGGGCAGACAAAAUUCUGAGCAAUCGAUCCAAUAGUUGCCGAGGCCCGUCUGGACCGACGUGACCCCGGAGACGACGGUAACUGAGGUCAAACGGUGAGAGGUCAGGUUGAGGACGUUUCCCCCGGGCGGAAACGCACAUGUCCAAACACAUCGGUCAUGAAACGUUGCUACAAACCGGAUUUCAUUGCUUCAGCGGAGUCACCUGUGAUGCCCGACUUCACCUGCUGCUAUAGGAUGGUUUUAUAGCGGCAAACUCAAAAACAGCCAUGUUCGUUAUGGAUGUAAUAACCACAGAAUAUAUCGAAGGGAAGGUUACAGUCCGGCGUCUUUCCAAACUUUGUGUUUUUUAUUUUCUCUUCCCCGGGGUUAACAUUGAUUGUAAAUAGUCUGAUAGCGACGUAUGGCUGCACACAGUAGGCAAUAUAAUUUUCAGUAUGAUAUGUGCACGUGUGCUGACAGUGAUGCUCUAAACUACUUCAGCCUUCAGCAUCCAAGCUUUGAUUCAUGCAACAUUCAAUUGGUGUUUUUUCAAAGUAGGCCGCAAUUAUAUAAUAAUAUAUUCUAAAAACUCUAAAAGCAGCAGAAGGUAACUGAGCUUUGACCCGUGCAGCCAUGAUAACAACAAAUAAACAAAAUGUCUUUAAUUCAUCACCACGGUUCCUCAGAGGCGUUGGCCACACACACCUGUCACCUGUCAACUGAAGAAUGAUCUUCUCGUUGAACAUUUUCUUUGUGACAAAUAACAUACGUGUGUUUCUGUACUGGACAUCUGAGGGUGAUGGUGUUUAAAAACGUGUGUGAUUGUUACAUUUAUUAUUUAUAAACCAGCCAAAUACCCUUUAUAGAUAAUCCACGUAGACCUGGGGAGGAUUUAAAGUUCAUCAUACAAACUUUUAUGAAUUAAUUAAAACGUACACACAGUCGCUGGGCGACACUGGGUGUUAUAUAUCCAAAUGUACAUACAUAAAUGUGUGAGUGUGUGUGUGUUACCUGCAUUAUAACCUCAUUUUAACUCUAAAGUUAUUCUUUUUGACCAGUUUGAUCCGAAUAUGAAAUGAACAUUGUUAUAAAUUUGAUUUUAACACAGUAUGAUUAUUAUAAUUGUUAUGAUUAUAUGUCUAUCAUUACCAUAUUACUGAUAUUAUUAUGAUGAACUGAAGUGUAAAAUGAGCCUCUGUGUUUUUUUUGUAUGUGUGAAUAUUCAAUAAAUAGGUGUCAACAAGGUC